GGCAGCCUGAAACUGAAACUAGAAACCGGGAUCGACAUAUCCUUCAGAGGGAUAACAGAUAUGAUGCACGUAAUCUUCCAUGGCGUAAUCUCAGCUUCCUUGUCACUCUCGGAGACCCUCUUUAAUAAGUACCUCCUAUGUUUCGUGAUUUGGAGGCAUGAAGUUGUGGGGGCAACGACGGUCGACGACGACUGGUAGUAGCCGGAAUCUGGGGAAUUCUCUUGUGUCGCCGGAGAAUGGCCGGGAUUGUGGUGGUUUUUGACUUCGACAAGACGAUCAUCGACUGCGACAGCGACAACUGGGUGGUAGAUGAGUUGGGUGCGACGGAGCUCUUCAAUCAACUCCUCCCCACCAUGCCCUGGAACUCUCUCAUGGAUCGGAUGAUGAAGGAGCUUCAUUCGCAGGGGAAAACCAUUGAUGACCUUGUUGAGGUUCUGAAACGGGUUCCAAUUCAUCCCCUGAUCAUCCCAGCCAUUCAAUCCGCCCAUGCUUUAGGGUGUGAUCUGAAGAUAGUGAGUGAUGCAAAUGCGUUCUUCAUCGAGACGAUCUUAAAGCAUCUGGGGCUGAUGGAUUGUUUCUCAGAAAUCAACACUAACCCCAGCUUUGUUGAUGAAGAAGGCAGGCUCAGGAUCUUCCCUUACCAUGAUUUUACCUCUUCUCCUCACGCCUGCUACCUCUGCCCUCCAAACAUGUGCAAGGGUGUGGUGAUGGAGAGGAUCCAAGCUUCCGCAUCUGCACAAGGGAGGAAAAAGUUCAUCUAUCUUGGGGACGGGAACGGCGAUUACUGCCCGAGCUUGAAGCUUGGGGAAGGAGACACAGUGAUGCCCAGGAAGAAGUUCCCUCUGUGGCAUCUCAUUUGCAGAAAUCCCAUGCUUAUGAAGGCGGAGAUUCGGGAAUGGAGCGACGGGAAGGAGUUCGAGCAGGUUCUUAUGCAUCUCAUCAGAACGAUUUCGGUGGGAGAAAGUUGCAGAAACGGUAGUAGUAAUAUUUCUCCACAGUUGAUCUCCGCCGAUUGGAAGUUCGGGACAGUUCCAAUUUCCAUGCCUCGAGUUGUUCGUCAGUAAUAGCCUGGAAGUUUGAAAAUUGAAUUAUCAAUGGCAAAUGCCACAAAUAGAAAAUCAUCUCUCUCGUUUUUUAGUUUUUUGUUUUUUUUCAGGUUUUAGAUUUUGAUCUUAAGGGGAAAAAAACUAUGAAGUCAAAUGCAAAUCAUACUUGUCUACUUUAUGUUUCGGCAUGUUAGUUUUUGAAUUUGUUUUUUCUUUU